GUCACACCAAUUCCCAAAAUAACCAAAAUGAUUGCACUGAGCUAUUAUUUCUUAAUCCUCAUCAAGCUAUGGCACCAACAAGGUCUAUGAUGAUGGAUAGCCCCUCAGAUCUAAAUGAAUUUGUUAUGAUCCAAGGAAAUGGAGUAAAGGGUCUCUAUGAAAUGGGCCUAAAAACCCUUCCAAAACAAUACAUCCACCCAUUAGAGGAGAGAAUGAGCAUGAUGACCAAUAAAGUUGUGCCUCAAGAAUCAAUUCCCAUAAUUGACAUGUCCAAUAAUAAUAAUAAUAAUUGUGAUGUGGAAGAUGCAAUUUGUGAUGCAGCUGAAAAAUGGGGAUUCUUUCAAGUAAUCAACCAUGUAUAAAUAAUUUGUAGGAAUGAAGCACUAGAAUACAUGAAGAAAUCCGAAGCUUUAAUCAAACGGCUUCUAAAUAUUUUGAUGAAGAGACUAAACGUGAAGGAAAUUGAUGAAACAAAAGAAGCACUCUUAAUGGGUUCAAAGAGGAUCAACCUCAAUUACUAUCCAGUUUGCCCUAACCAUGACCUAACCGUCGCAAUAGGGCGCCAUUCAGACGUCUCAACUCUAACCAUUCUCCUUCAGGACCAAACCGGCGGUCUAUUCGUUCGGACCGAGGAUCGGCGUGGAUGGAUCCAUGUGCCGCCAAUCCCCGGAGCCCUAGUGAUCAACAUUGGUGAUGCACUACAAAUAAUGAGCAAUGGUAGAUACAAGAGCAUUGAGCAUAGAGUUACAGCCAAUGGGAGCAAGACUAGGGUUUCUGUGCCAAUUUUUGUAAACCCUAGACCUUCAGAUGUUAUUGGUCCUUUUCUUGAAGUUCUUGCUAGUGAUGGGGAGAAGGCAAAGUACAAAAAUGUUUUGUAUUCAGAUUAUGUGAAACAUUUCUUUAGGAAAGCUCAUGAUGGAAAGAUGACAAUUGAAUAUGCUAAAAUAACUUGAAUAUGUGAGUUAUGUGUUUGGAUGAAUGUGUAAUAAUAUCCAAUAAUAUUAA